AUGGCACUCUAUGUGACUAUUUCUUAUGCAGGUGCAGCAGCAGCUGAAUUUUCAGCCAGGGCAUUACCAGGGUUUUUGCAAAGUCUGGUUUCCAUGAUCAGUCCCUCUGAUGCAUUGCUGGAAGCAUUUCUUAAGACUGAUGCUGCAUUUAGGAAUGAACUGGAUUCUCAUCGUAAAUUGAAAGGAUUUAUCAAGAAAGACUGGCACCCUGGUUGUACUGCUGUUGCUGCUCUUGUAGUUCAAAACAAGCUUUUUGUUGCUAAUGCUGGUGAUUGCAGGAUAAUCUUGUGUCGAGCCGGCAAUGCCUAUGCUCUAAGUAGGGUGAGAUGGGGCACCUUUAGUCAUCUUACUGCUUAUUUGAGCUUAUUAGUAGAAUAA